CCCGCCCGGCCGCGCUCCCUCAGCCCGCCAUGGCGCGCAAGAAGCUGCACCGUCCGAUCGCCGCCAUGGCCAAGAAGAUCCGCGAGUACCGCGCGCUGAAGGAGCGCCCGCGGGACUCGCAGCGCUUCGCCCUGGACUACGAGACCAUGCGGCGGCCGCUGACGCAAAAGCGGCUGCCGGUGCGUGCCUGGGAGGACGUGCGGAACGAGAACCGGCUUUUCUCGCUGCUCUGCCGCCUGCCGCGCUUCGGCGUGGGCCGCACUGUCACCCGCAAGUCCUGGCUGUGGGCGCACGACGAACCCUGCUACUGGGUCAUCACCAAGGUGAAGGCGGACUACACGGCCGAGAACAUGGACCACGGCAGAGCCUGGGGCUACCUCACCUUCAGAGGCAAAACUGAAGAGGAAGUGAGGGAGAUCGACAAGGUCAUGUACCAUGACUGGCGUGUGGUGCCCAAGCACGAGGAGGAGGCCUUCAAGAAAUUCACCCCCGUGCCAGAGGAGACUGUUCGGUUCCUGCCGUACCCCCCGCUGCUCCGAGCCAUGAUCCUUGCCCAGUGGCAGAAGGAGGGAAAGCCGGUCACAGAGGAGCCAGUUAUUGAUCUGCAGAAGAUCCUGGCCACUCCCCAAGAACGGGCAAAGAAAAAAGCUACAGGGACACCUGUAUAAAGACUUGUUCUGUGUCCCGAGCUUCCCACGUGCUUCUCACUGCCCGUUAGAAGCCCAGUGCACAGGGCUGUUUCAGGGAGCCCUGUGCCCACCAUGGUAGGGGGUAGCCAGGUUUCCUGGCUUUCUCCCCAGCCCUGUACAGUCACUUCAUCUCAAAGGGAAGAUGCUGACUCUUUUUCCAUAAUGUUGGUCUCAGUCAGCAGAGGAACCUUCUUGGUUCCCCGGACACAGCUCCUUGUCAGCCAACUGCAGUUCUUUGGAGCAUAAUUUUCUUCAUAACCUGAAAAUUAGUGUUUUGACAACAUUUUUUAGAUAAUUUGGGUCCUGCAUGAAUCACAGAGAAAUGACUGAUAACAUCACAGUAUUUCACAGAACUGUGAAGAAAUGUAUCUGCAAAUGAAAAUAAAUGUUGUCUUAAUUCUGCAGCACA